AUGGCCCUCGACUUCGACCUGGAAUAUCCUCCGCCCAUAUCGGAAGAACGUGGUCUAUCGCUGGUCUCACAGAUUUUGGACUGGCAGAUCAACCAUGGCUCCCUCCUCAAGCGCAUCGACUCGCUGACCGACCAUAGCGUCUUGACCUACCCCAUUGGCGUCGCCGUCUUCCCCACCCUCUUUCCGCGCCGUCUGUUCGACCAUGCCUUGCGCCUGCAAUCCGUCUACAAUGAACUCUAUUGUCGGAUGGCUGAAGAUGAGGAGUGGAUCUUUCGGGCCAUCCGGGACUUACUCCCCGUCGAUCCCUUCGCUGCGACGCUAUGGGAUAUACACCAAGAAGUGAAGAGAGUCGUUCCUCCGGGGCCUGCCCUCUCGGCAGGAAUCUUUCGCUCCGAUUACAUGCUUCAGGGUCCGACUGUUCAGCUUGGCCCCGGAUCCGACGACCCUGCCACCCUGAAUCUUAGACAAGUCGAGUUCAACACCUUCUCCUGUGCCGGGGCGGCCCACGCAGACAAGGUCGCGGAUAUGCAUCGAUACCUGGCCCGGACGGGCGCUUACAAUGUAGGAAACGAACGUCAGGAUCCGGUCGCCGUGUCCUCUCUUCCCCGAAACGCCAAUAUCGACUCCCUGGCAGCGUGCCUCUCGGCCGCUCACGUGGCCUACGGAGGGAAACGAAGUCGAACCGCGACCGAGACUGCAAUCCUGUUUGUCGUUCAACCCGACAAUUUCAAUGUUGCCGACGAGCGACCGCUGGAAUAUGCGCUAUGGAACCGAGAUCCCUCAGUCCCCGUUUAUCGGAUCGACUAUGGCGACGAUCUUCUCGAACGUACCUCCCUGACCGAGUCGCGCGAGCUACUGUUAUAUCCUCUGGGCCGAGAAGGUCCAGUCCUCGAAGUUUCGGUGGUCUAUAUGCGGGCCGGGUACGAGGCGCGCGAAUAUGACGAGGUCGGUCGGCAAUCGCGUUUGCGGUUGGAGCUGUCCGUGGCCGUUAAAUGCCCGUCGCUGCUCGGACACAUUUGCACCUUUAAGAAGGUCCAACAAGCACUCACCUCCGCAGGAGAGCUGGAGCGCUUUCUUCCCCCAGAAAAAGCGGCUCUGGUUCGCUCUACGUUCGUUCGGGUCUAUCCGUUGGAUGAAACCGAAGCCGGUUUGUACGGUCGCAAUCUGGCAACCGAUCCGAAAACUGCCCACGGGUAUAUACUGAAGCCAUCCUUAGAAGGCGGCGGCCACAACAUUUUCGGCGAUGCCAUCCCCGGGUUUCUGUCCUCGAUUCCUCCCUCGGCGUGGCGCGCAUACAUUCUGAUGGAACGAAUUGCGUCUCCUCGCGUCCAGAAUACCUUGAUGUCGGCGUCGGGCCUAGACAUGGGGGACGUGAUUUCCGAACUGGGUGUCUUUGGGACUUGUCUGUGGCAAAAAGCGCCGGAUGGUGUCACCUGCGACAUUCUCCAGAACACAGUCGCGGGAUGGUCUUUCAAAACGAAGUAUGACUACCUUGAAGAAAUGAGCGUGGUCAAGGGGUACGGGUGUUUCGAUACUCCCCUACUCAUCUAG